GAAUUUACGGAGAUUUCUUUUGUCCUCUCGACUUCUCUCUGUUACACUGCCGCCGUAACGCUUCUUCCUUCUUGUAAAAAGUCUCUCCGUUAACGUUUAACUAAACGCCGUCAAAAGACUUAUGACAUCGGUUUCAGAUUUUGAUUGAGUUUCCCUCCAUAUCUCCUCGAUUUCCGAUUUUGAAGAAUCAAUCUCUCUGUUUAUGGUUUGAUUCCAGCUGCAGAAUUGUAGUGAACCUUUUCCAGCUUUGUUACCAAUGAAGAAGCUUUUCUUUUUCAAAUCAUCAUCUGGUAAUGGAACUGAUCAUAAACAGUUUCCCAAGCAAAAAGAUGAUCAGUUUCAACGAAAUUUGAAUAGUCCAAAGGGUUUUAACAAGUCUCAGAGUGAAGUAUCUGGUGCUGCUCUUAGACGAAGCCGUUCUUUGUCCUCUGCAGCUUUUGUCGUUGAUGGAACUUCUUCAAAUGAUGCUACUAGAAGCAGCCAACAACAUCGACUGCGAAAUCAUUCGUCUCGAUGUUUUACUCCAGAAAGACAACUUAAAGAAUCUGGAAGUAUGUCAAAUUGUUCUAGUAAUGUCUCGAGUCAAGUCUUGGAUCGUUACAUUGAUGGAGAAGAGCAUUUAGAACGGAGUAAGCAAAAGAGCGGUUCUUCGAAUAGUAGUCUCUCCGGGAGUAGAAGGAGGCUUCCACCGCGAGCUCAAACCCCUUCACCGUUAUCAGAUAGUGGCAAAGAUAAACGGAAAUCUAAAGGUUUGAGGGAUGAAUCGGCUCGUUCACUUGCAAGAAGUGUCAUUGAGAGACUCUCUCAUAAUACUCAGGGCAAGUCCAAGGCGUUGAGUUAUGAGCCCAUCAGAAUACAAGAUGUUUGUGGUGGAUAUAAUGGUAAAACUCUUGACUCAAAAUCUGAUGUUUUGGCUAAUGUUGUUGUUCCACUGAUUGAAGAAUAUGAACCGGUGAAUGAAUAUUAUGCGGAUUACCAAGCAGAACAGCAGCACCAACAGUUUUUCUUACAUGGUAAGGACACGUGUAAGGAAGGCGAUGUUAGUUCGGAGCUAGAAACGAGAUAUAAAGAAGCUGAGAAGAGAGUGAAGUUGCUUUCAGAAGAACUGGAGGAGAAGAAGUUUCUUUCAGACUGUGAUUUCGAUAUUUCAUCUUUGGUUGGAGAUAUAAGACAAAUGGAAGAAGAGAGGGUAGGCUUGGCUUUUGAAGUUUUAAGUCUUUUGCGGUCACAAAUGGAUGAGAGGGCUUCUACUAGGGAAGAUAUCAGACGGGUAAAGAAUGAUUGGGACUUGCAUAUAAAGCGACUAGAAAGAGAGAAGAGUGAGUUACAAGCUGAGUUGGAGAAAGAGCUUGAUAGAAGGUCAAGUGAGUGGACUUUAAAGAUCGAGAGUUUCAAGGUGGAGGAGAAGCGGCUGAGGGAACGUGUCAGAGAGCUUGCUGAGCAUAAUGUCUCACUCCAGAGAGAAAUAUUGACGUUUCAUGAAACGGAAACUGAGCGUAUCGACAUGAUAAGACAUUUGGAUGAAACAGUUGCGGAGUUAAGUGCAACAGCAGAGGAAAUGCGUGAAGAAAAUUUGUAUCUUAUGCAAAACCUCACCAAAUUACAAGAGAGUUACACUGGUAGUACCGAUGAUCUUGAUUGCGUAAGAAGAAACUUUGAAGAGAAAGAUAUGGAAUGCAAGGAGUUACACAAAUCUGUUACAAGAUUUCUAAGAACCUGCAAAGAACAAGAGAAGACAAUCCAGGGACUUAGAGGUGGUUUCUCCGAGGAAAUUAAGAAGCAACCGUCAGAGCAUGUGGACAAGAAGCUUCAGAUGGAACAAAUAAGGUUGGUAGGAGUUGAAUUGUCACUUAGAAAGGAGGUAGAAUCUAUGAAGCGCGAAGCUGAUGCUCUUCGUCGUGAGAAUAACUGUCUGCUGAAUCGAGUAAAGGGAAAUGGAGAAGAAGCUGACAUUACGACCUUCAAGCUAGAUAAUGAGAUGAAGAUGCGUGUAUGCCACUUGCAAGACCAAGGUCUAUCAAUGUUAAAUGAGAGUACUCAGCUAUGUUACAAGUUUUUGAAAAUCAUCAAAGAGAAAUCAGUGAAUAAUGGAUUGAGUGAGCAGUUUCUGAUUGAAUCUGAGAUGAGAGUUCAUGGAAUAAGACGUGGAACUGAAAGCCUGGAGAGGAGUUUACAGACAGUAACAAGUUUAUUGCUUGAAAAAUCCAAUGAGAUGGCAUCAAAUUCAGAAUCAUCUUGCUCAAGUGCUGCUAGGCCUAGCAGCCACUCAGUGGAAAAAUCCCUGAGAGCUGAACUGAGAGCAGAAACUCUAGUCACGAGUUUAUUAAGAGAGAAACUGUAUUCCAAGGAACAAGAAAUCGAACAGCUGCAAGCAGAAGUAGCAGCAGGGGUACGGGGUAACGAAAUUCUUCAAUGUGAAAUUCAAAACGUCUUAGACAAUCUAUCAGUAAACAACCAUCAACUAAAAGACCUCAAGCUGCAGAUGGUGAAGAAGGACGAGAACGUAAACCGGCUGGAAAUCAAUCUUCAAGAAGCUGCUAAAGAAUUGGUUACAUUACCAAAAGUGUUGGAGGAAAGAGAAGAGAUGUGGAAGGAAGUGAAGGAAUGCAGAAAGAGAAACAUGGAUUUGGAGUCAGAGAAGGAGAUGUUGAAGAAAAAGGUAGAGAAACUGGAAGAAGACACACUCUUUAAGGAAGGUCAGAUCACGAUACUAAAAGACACACUUGGAAGCAGACAUUUGGAUCUUCUUCUCUCAAGUCCUGAGUUCUCAUAUAAUGAUUUCUUAGUCCAAUAAGACAACACAAUAAACAAAUGUAUAUAUAGGUGUCUGUUUCUCGUUCUUGUUUCUAUCUUUGUUGCGGUUUGGUGCUUUCAUUUCCCGGAUGAAUGAACAUAUGAACUCAAC